AUGAAUCUGCGUCUAAAUAAUUUCGGUUUACUUCUUGUAUUUAUAAUGUUUAAGAAAUCAAAAGCAAUUAUUCCCAACUGUGAUUAUUCCGAUACCGUGGACAUAUCCCAUUUCCAAAGUAUAAAUGACUCCUACAAGUACAAUGAUCUAGAAAUUCCUGCCCACCUCACUGGAAAAUAUAACUUCAUGCAACUUGCAGACGGAUCAAAAAAAACUGUGCAGAGUCAUUUGAGAGGAUGCGUCUGCAAACUAAAACCCUGCAUCCGAUUUUGCUGCCCCCGUAAGAAAAUGUUACCUAAUGGCCACUGCAGCGAUGGCCUAGAAGAGGAACUUCAACGGGUCAAUCCCUACCUCAACAUCACCCUUCAGGACGGAUCUGUAAAGACACAUUACCUCCUCAGCGACAUGAUCGUGUUAAGGAAUGAGUUUCGGUAUUGCGAGAGGGGGUUUAUAGUGCGCGAAAAUCAAUACAAACUUUUUGAGAACGGAAGCAUUGUUCUUAGAUCCCCAACCAACUGGACACUGAACAAAGAGUGGUACUGUCUCUAUCCCCAUCGGUUUUAUUCGGAAUACCCGAACUCCAUUUGGAUUCUUGAGCAUAUAUACAUACCGGAAUCGAUGCCCGCGGUACCCCAAGUCGGCACAAUUUCUAUGAUGGGCUGUAUUCUAACGAUCGGAGUUUAUCUCUGUAUAGAGAAACUGCGGAAUCUGCUCGGAAAAUGCUUUAUCAGCUUUGUAUUUUGCAAAUUCAUGCAGUAUUUUAUUUGGGCAGGUGGUGAUUUAAAGUUAUGGAGGAACAUUUGCUCUCUGGCAGGCUACACUAACUACUUUUUCGCAGUGGCCUCUCAUCUUUGGCUCUCUGUUAUGAGCCAUCAUAUUUGGAAAGGCUUACAGUCGGUGAAUCGCAAUGAACAUCGAUAUCGGUUCCUGGCCUACUCUGCUUAUAGUUGGGGCAUAUCUGCUGUUCUGACCGGAGUUACAGUUCUAAUGGAUUGGAUUUGGGAAGGUAGACCCGACAAGAUAAAUUGGAUGCCUGGUGUUGGACUUUACCGAUGCUGGAUAAACACUUAUGACUGGUCUGCAAUGAUAUACCUAUAUGGGCCGAUGCUGAUCCUAAGUAUGUUUAAUAUAAUCACAUUUAUCAUGACGGUAAAUCAUAUAAGGAAGGUGAAGAAUAACCUUAAGAAGAUCACGCAUCGGCAGGAGAAGUCCCCGGAUAAGAAUAGAUUUGUACUAUAUUUGCGGCUCUCUAUAAUGAUGGGCGUUACUGGGAUUUCGGAGGUAAUAACCUACCUCGUGAACCGCCGCACUUUUUGGCGACGUAUCCUCCGCGUAGCAAACUUUUUCCAUUUAAGUUUUGGUAUAAUCGUCUUUGUGCUAUUUAUCCUUAAGCGUAGUACGCUUCAGCUCCUAAUGGAGAGAAUUCGGUGCCCAAGGAAUGAACAGCCUGCGGUCGAUCAAAGAACCAAAGUACUCUUUUAG